AGGUCACUGGAUGCUGCUAUUAAACUUAUUUUUAGUCUGAAGUUCCUAGUUAUUAUGUUGUUAAUUAGGGAUUAUGGUUAACCUGCAAUCAUUGAGCUAAUUCACGCAUACUAUGCUAAUAUAGUAACAUUCUUUAACCAUUAUACACUGGUUAAAGCAUGAAUCCUCAAUAUGAUAAUGCCUUACUAGGCAUUUUGCAGAAUGAGGGAAAGUUGGAGAGGUUUCUAGACGUAAUAUUCGGGUUUCUAAUGCGCAGAACUGAUUUUUAUUGUAUUAUAACACCAGAACAAAAGAAAAUAGGCUUUCCACCCGGUAGGUGUAUUGAAAUGGUUCUUCAGGCUUAUGAAAAAUACAAAACAAUAUUUGAGAAUUAUCAGCAACACCAUGAAGCACAAACAUUAGUCGAUAAACCCAAAAAAUUCCCAAAAGAAGUUGCUAAAAAAGACUUAACACAAGCCGAUCCUGUUGUUGUACCACCUUCAGAUGACAAUAAAACUGAAAGUUCAUCGAAAGUUCCAAUCUCAUUACCAGGAACUGCUGAAGACAAAGAGUGUAGUAGUGAUGAACCGGAAGUAUACAUGGCAGAUGCAGAUUGCUAUAAUGGUGCUGUAAGAGAUAAUUAUACAUGGAGUCAAACUGUCAAAGAUAUUGAUAUUAAAAUCAAAAUACCAGACAAUGUUGUGAAUGCUCGUGACGUAUCCGUGAAUAUUGAACGCAAACAUAUUCGUAUUAUUAUCCUUCAACAGAAUGGAGACAAGACUGUUUAUUUUGAUCGGGAUUUGUAUUGGGAUAUUCAUAAGGAUGAUGCUAUAUGGACCUUUGAUGCAAAAGAAAAUCAAAUUCACUUAUGUCUGGACAAAGUUCAAGAGCGUUGGUGGGUGGCGGCGUUUGUUGGUGAAGACAAAAUAAACCCUCGGAAAAUUGACUGCCGUCGGCCUAUCCAUGAAUUAGAACCCGAAGCUCAAGCUAAAAUACAACAACUAAUGUAUGAUGAACAUCGUAAACGUCAGGGAUUGCCUACCAGUGAGCAAGAAAAAAUACAAAACGUGCUGGCAAAGGCUUGGGACAAGGAAGGUUCACCUUUUCGUGGAACACAGUACGAUCCAACAAAAGUAAAACUACAGGGGCCUGGCCUUCAUAUUGAAACAUGAUACUGGUGAAAUGAAGUAUGAUGAGGAACUUCUGUGUAACUGGCCACACUAUAUUGCAUGAUUUGCAUGCGUAAAACCAUGCUAAAGUGAUCCACAUAACGUUUUGGUUGUACUAAGUGAUAAUAAUAAUAAUAUGCAAUAUAUAUUUUGUAUAGCCACAUUUGUCUAUUUAGUCUAUCGGUGAAUGAACUUGCGAAAUACUAGUACCACUUAGAACUUGGCUUUACGAGUUUGAGUCUGUGGUAUCUUAAGUUGCCAGACUAUUCCUACCUGCACAACACUCUGAUCACGUAGGGUAAUGAAAGUGAUUCUUGAAUUCUGUUAUGAGACAGUCAUUUUGAAAUACAACAUAUAUCAACAAUGAACCACACUAAUGUGAAGAUAUUUCUAUGGCAACGUGGACAAGUUAAGUGGUAGCUUUUUUUGUUGUUCAAACCUUCAUGUUCAGUUUGUAGGGAAAUGAUUGAUUGACUUAAAACUUUGAUAAAUACAGAUAGUUUAUAGGUCAGCUCUAAAGUACCACUUAACGAAAAAUUGAACUGGUUGGGUAUGUAGUGAUAUUAUCCCUGCAGAUCUAACUAGCAGACUUGAUACUCUAGACUCAAAUCACCCCUUUGAAAAUGCUCUCAUAUAGUCAUAGUUUCGUAACCUCUACCAGAUAAGUACCGUUCAUGCACGUGAGCUGUCCUUACAAAAGUUUGAGAGCGAAUGCAGGUGUCCCAUGUUCAUCACUGAUUGGUGGACACGGGGAUAACGAGACCUGUGACACACACACACGUUGCAGGAGUCGACGGAAAGUUUGGAAUAUAAACCUGUUUUAGUGACUGACAAUUAAGGAGAUUCAGGCCCGCAUAUUGCUCAAUUCCUUUGUAGAUCGGACCGAAUCAGAAGCUCCGUCUGGAUAUCCAAUCACCAUUUAAACCUCCAUAAGAAAAAACAAGACAAGAGUCCAUUGGAAAGCUCCAUUAAUGUUGUCACAGGUUGAUUCAUGAAUCGUAUGUUCAUUCACUCGGUACACCAUCAUUAUGAUUUUAUCUCGUUUUAUUUCUACCUUCAUGUGUCCGAUUGUUUUUCACCAACUACUCGCUAUCGCUUGAAAUCCCGAACUCUGUACUUUUCAUCCCUCAACAGUUGUUAUCAGAAGGUCAGCCUUCAGUAUGAUAUCUGAUAAUGUUAAUUUAACGCGUGUGUCGUUAGGUCUUGCUGCUUACAACUUUUUCGUAUUGGUGUAAAUCAGAAAACACUCAACUUUAACCAGAAUUAUGAAAAUCUUGCUGCAUCUCAGAGGCCCUGUGUCCGUCAUUAAACCCUAAGCCCAAAGCUGCAUUACUUGCUAGAUCCUCGUCAACAGUUGCUUUCUGUUGUUAUUCAUGUUCUUUUGAGCUAGCUUAUAUGAGAGUAAAAAGCGACUCGUCAGAGAGGUGAUCUCUUUGCCUGACACAGAUGCAUUUCAGGAUGAGUCCUAACAUCUUGCUUUAUUCUGAGUCAGAUUUUGCUAGGGUAUUGGAUGGAAGUUACAGUUGUCGUUCUGAGGAGGUUGAAGUAGGCAUACCGAGUGGCCCUGCAACAGCAGCCAAAUAGCAAGUUUUGAUAGGUGCAACGUUAGGUAGUGAUCUUUCAAAGAUCAUAGAUAAACUCUAGCUGCACUCACAAGGCGUCAUUGACAUGGCGAAGAAAGCUUUCUAGAACGAUGUUCCACUGAAAAGCAGUAUGUUUCUGCGGGUUCCUGGCGAUUUCUUCAUACCCAUCCACCCGGUCAGGCAGAUAGUGAGUAUCUGUGCGAGACUUACGCGUAAAAUCAAUCAUCAUUUGCGUGCGGACUGUUAAUCGCCACAGAUAGAUAGACUGUAUGAUAGACAGCCAAUCAAUAUGAUGUGACUCUUUUGUUGCGAUUAUGGGUUAAUUUAAUGCAACUCACACCACGUGGUGUGGCCUUGAGUGUUCUUUGUUUUCUGUUACUUUAUUUGUGGGUACAUGUAAUUAAUUAACUGUUCAUUUUGUUCGUUCCCACAAGAAUACUGUUCGGUACGUUUUUGUCGUUUCUUGUGUGACAAUGGGUUUACAUAUUUUUCUUGGUAUAAUUGUAUGAUUUAUUUUAUGUUUUAGAAGCAGAUAAAGUUUAAGUUAUGUCACUCUGUUUUUAACUAUAGUUAAGCUGUGUUGUCAGUACUGAGCGGAAGGACUAAAUCAGUGGUCAAAAUUAAUCCUACAAAGUUUCAAACAGUAUCAUGGUAGAUGAAAAAUAUGAAACUAUGCCGGCGUUACCUCCACAGUCAGAAAAGAGUAGUGACACUUAUGCCCCUGGGAGCAACGAGUAUAAAUCAAACUACAUGGCAGAUUUGGAGCUAGCGAAAAUGCGUAUAGUCCAAAUAGAGGAAGAAAUUGAAUUGGAAAGAUUAUGACAAGCUAGCCGUGAAUGUUCCUUUGAAGGCUAACGGUAUAAACGUUCGCGAAUUGUACGAGGUACACUAACUGAAGACCUUAUACCAACAGCUUCUAUAGUAUUCGUUUCUCAUGGA